UUUUCAUAUUCCGCCGGUCAGUGACACAACUACGUGUAAUGGUGCGUUAGCGUUAGUGCAGAAAUAGUGCAAAUUCGUGCAAUUCAUGAAUAUAAAAUUCCAAGUCGAGCACAAAUUAACAGAAUAAGGAGAAAUGUUCAAGUUUAUAAAGGCCAAAGGGCCGCAUCCCACCGCCGAACGCCAGAAACUCCAAAAAGACCUUUUCUGUUAUAGGAGGACGUUGCAACACGGAUUUCCUCACAAACCCACCGCACUAGCAUGGGACCCAUCGUUGCGUCUUCUUUGCAUUGGAACGGCCACCGGCGCCGUCAAGGUCUUUGGACGUCCAGGUGUCGAAUUCUAUGGUCACCAUCAGAACCCCAUUGCGGUAACCCAAGCCGUCUUCCUGCCGAAUCAAGGACGAGUGGUCACUCUGUGUGACGAUAACUCUCUCCAUCUAUGGGAGGUGAACAAAAGUAGUUUGGUUGAAGUCAAAUCGCAAGCUCUUGAAGGCAAAUUGAAAAAGAUUUCGACGAUUUGUGUCGAAACAGCCGGUAAACAUCUGCUUUUGGGCACCGAGGGUGGAAAUAUUUACCUUUUGGAUUUGGCGAGUUUUACGAUGACACCGGAUAUCAUAUAUCAGGAUGUGGUGAUGCAAAAUGUGCCUCAGGAUUACAAAUUGAAUCCUGGUGCCGUUGAGGCUAUUUUCGAACAACCGGAACAUCCAGAUCAUAUUCUGAUAGGUUAUAAUAGAGGACUGAUUGUUUUGUGGAAUCGUAGCGAUAACACGUCCAUCAAAACUUUUGUUUCGAAUCAACAGUUGGAGGCGCUUUGUUGGCACGAAGAUGGAAAGUCAUUCACAAGUUCACAUAAUGAUGGCAGCUACAUGGUUUGGGAUCUCGACCAAAAUAAACCAAUCCAAGACCCCGUCACCACUUACGGUCCUUUUGCAUGCCGAGCCAUUCCAAAAAUUAUAAGAAGAGAACUGAGAGGCAAGCCUUUGGUUGUUUUUUCUGGUGGUUUACCUAGAUCUACCGGUAGUGACAAAUACACCGUUUCAGUUAUUCACGACGAACAACAUGUCGCUUUCGAUUUUACAAGUAAGGUGAUAGACUUUAUCGUCAUUGAUUCGAAAAUAGAAGAGCAAGAAGGUGAAGAAAAUGUAGUCACAAAUGGUACAAGCAGUGGAGAACCUGAUGCUCUUGUCGUAUUGGCAGAGGAAGAGUUAGUUCUAAUCGACCUUUCAACCAAGGAUUGGAAAAUGAUAAAUUUACCUUAUUUAGUAUCACUUCAUGCAUCUGCCGUAACUUGUAGUCAGCACGUUUCUGGAGUUCCCGAAGAACUUUGGGAACAGCUAAAAGAAGCCGGCAAAGCCCAAACCAACAACAUCUACUCGUCUCGAGCUUGGCCUAUCGACGGCGGCAAUCUUUUGUGUGCGAAAGGUGCCGAACCCAAACGAGAACUUCUUUUGACAGGUCAUGAAGACGGCACUGUUCGAUUUUGGGAUGCCGGUGGUGUGACACUAACUCCUAUAUACAAAUUUAGUACGGCGAUGUUUUUCACCGGUGACGAUUUGGAAGAGGCCGUUCCUGAUCCAGAAGAUGUAGAUGAUGAUUGGCCACCUUUCCGUAAAAUCGGUGUUUUUGAUCCGUACUCGGAUGAUCCUCGAUUGGCCGUUAAAAAAGUCGUUUUGUGUCCGUUGUCGGGUACUUUAAUUGUUGCCGGAACUGCCGGACACGUUGUGGUCGCUAAAUUCGAUACGGAAGUGUUGGAUGGUGAAAUUAAAGUCACGACGAUGAAUAUUGUUAGUGAUCGGGACGGGUUCGUGUGGAAGGGGCAUAAUCAACUGGCUCCCAAACAGGGAGAACUACACCAAACACGCGGUUUCCAAGCGACUUCUAUUCUUCAAUUACAUCCCCCUGCAGCUGUCACUGCUUGUGUUCUUCAAGCCGAUUGGGGUUUAGUCGCCGCUGGUACAGCUCACGGUCUUGCACUUUUCGACUACGUCAAAAAUAAACCUGUAAUGGUGAAAUGCACACUAAACCCGAACGAUCUCACCGGUGCCGGCGACACGCCCAUUUCACGUCGCAAAUCCUUCAAAAAAUCCCUACGCGAAUCUUUCCGUCGUUUGCGAAGAGGCCGCUCCACUCGUCGAGCAAACACCGAAACCACACCCACUGCAAACUCUCCACCCAAUCGUAAAACAACAACCCAAGAGGACGGUCAGUUUAGUCCCCUCGAAGCCAAACCGGUCGAAAGACAAAUCGAGGCACGCCCCGUCGACGAUUCGAUGAGCUCUUUCGUAAGAUGUCUUUAUUUCGCAAGGACAUUCCUCAUCAAUGUACAAAACACGAAUCCGACUUUGUGGGCCGGCACCAACAACGGUACUGUCUAUACGUUUACGAUAACGGUACCGUCGGCUACGAAACGCGAAACGGACGACGUCACCUGUCAUAUCGCCAAGGAGAUUCAAUUGAAACACAGAGCACCGGUUAUAGCCAUUGCGGUUCUCGAUGGUGCGAACAAACCUCUACCUGAGCCUCUGGAAGUGGAGAAGGGCGUGGCGCCGCUUCCAGAUACCACACAACCACAUCGUGUGAUUAUUGCGUCGGAGGAACAGUUUAAGAUUUUCACCUUACCGGCAGUUAAAGCAUUCUGUAAAUUUAAAUUGACAGCGCAAGAUGGCGCAAGAGUGAGACGGAUGGCUUUUGCCACGUUCAGUUGUAAAAAUCCCGAUACGGAUGCUACACAUUCCGAAAUUGAUCUGUUGUGUCUGACGAAUAUCGGGGAGUGCCUUGUUUUUAGCAUUCCGGAUUUGAAGAGACAGUUGAAUGCCGCGGCGAUUAAGAGGGAGGAUAUCAAUGGAAUUUCGUCAUUGGUCUUUACAAAAAGCGCCGAAGCGUUAUAUUUGCAUUCCUCGUCUGAGCUGCAAAGAAUAUCUUUGUCGGCUACUUGUGCGACUACUGCCAGAUGUUAUCUUCCACAGCCAGUGGGAGAGAAGGAAGAUGCUGCGUCUGAUGAUGGUUCAGAAGGAGAUAGACAGGAAGGACAAGACGUACCGCCGUUAGUUAACGGCAAUGCCGAAGGAAGCGUUGGCGAUAAGGCGGAAGAAGUGCGGGAGAACGGCGAGGAAACCCCCCACAACGUGACUGUUUCUAGCAGCGUCGGAGACAUCACUCUGGACAGCGUCAAGGAUUACCUCGGCUCAGGUGAGGAGCUUAACCGACGCAUUUCCGGUAUGUGUGUGACGAAGACUGUCACGACAGUUAUAAACAAUAGUCAAGAUGGUGCCGUAACGUCUUCCAGUACGACCACAACCACAACAACAGCCACCAGUGCCCAAGAAAACAUCAUAGAGAGUGACACGGACGGACCUGCACCGACGUUAGAGAUUAAGAAAAUCCAAGUUAGUGAUGAAAUUCUCCGCGCCCCACUGGCAUUGGCCGAAGAACUGGAUUCGGACGGUCAAUUGAACGGAGACGCAUAAUUGAUGAAAAUAACAAUUGCCAUAUCAACAUGUCCAGUAUUUCGUAUGAUUUUUCUACGACCGAUUCGAAUCCAUGUGCCUGAACCGUUUGUGUUUUUAAUUUUAUCAAACUUUUUAAAUGUGUGUUAAGUAUCGUUACUUAGUUUAAGUCUUAAAAAUUCCAGUACUUAGUUUUGAACGUUUGGGACCAUGUUCAAAAUUUGUUUUAAAAUCACGGAAUACUGUACUUGUUUUUUUAUAUAUUUGUAAUUGUAUGUUUGUAAGCUAAGUGUUAAUAUCAAAGUUAUUUACAAUCAAUAACAAUAAUAAACUUUGAUGUUGCCGACAAAUUGUAAAGUAUUUAAAAGGCGUGAUUUUUUAUAUUAUUGAAACAGUAUUUGUCACCGCUUUGUACACUUUUAAGUAACUUAUUCAAAAAGGGGAGUUUAAAGUUAAGCCAUCAAAACAAAUCAGCUAAAAUAAUAAAUUUUUGACAUCGUCUAAUCAGCAUUUUUACACCAACGAUGUCAGAAGUUUAACAAGUUUUUAUACAAAAUGGUGGAGGUUAAACGAAUGUGUGUGUGUGAGUGCAUCCUUUUUUGCUAACCAAAAAGGGAUUUCUUUAUGGCCUUAACAUUUCGUUAUAAUAUUUUAUAUUAUGGUAUUUUAUUCACAUUUUAUUGAAGAUUAUAUUUAUGAAUGAUUCACAUGACAGAAACAUCACUGAGUGAAUAAAGUUUUAUUGGUAAAA